CGCCCAUCUUCAGAUCAACAGAUUCGGCCCAAACAUGAAGUUCUACGUCAUCGCUUUGGCCUUUGUCGGCCUCGUCGCCGCCGAUGUUAGCCACCUCAAGUUGGGCCAGUCCGCGGAUGGAGGCUAUGGAUUCUCCGCCUCUUCGUCUUCAUCAUCCUCGUACUCCUCAUCAAGCGGAGUGGUUGGAGGUGAUUCCAGCUCAUACCAGUCUGCUGAACACUUGAAAACUGCCCAAGUGAUUCCUGGAGGGGAUUCGAGCUCUUACCAGCCCGCUGAAUACACUCCCGCUCACUUGAAGCAGGGAUCAUCUGCCUCUGGUGCUGACGAAGUGGUUCCGGGUGGAGAUUCGAGCUCUUACCAACCUGCUGAAUACACUCCAGAGCAUUUGAAAUCAGCUGAGAUUGUUCCCGGAGGUGAUGCCAGCUCUUACCAGCCCGCUGAAUACACUCCUGCUCAUUUGAAGCAGGGAUCUUCUGCAUCUGUCGCUGCUGAGGUUGUUCCUGGCAGCGAAUCGAGCUCUUACCAACCCGCUGAAUAUACUCCAGAGCACCUGAAAUCUGCUGAAAUUGUUCCUGGAGGAGAUUCUAGUUCUUACCAGCCUGCUGAAUACACUCCAGCUCACUUGAGGCAGGAAUCUUCCGCCUCUGUUGCUGCCGAAGUUGUGCCAGGAGGCGAUUCCAGUUCUUACCAGCCCGCUGAAUACACUCCCGAGCACUUGAAAACUGCCGAGGUUGUUCCUGGUAGAGAUGCUAGCUCUUAUCAGCCCGCUGAAUAUACUCCAGAGCACUUGAAGUCGGCUGAAAUUGUUCCAGGUGGAGACUCCAGCUCUUACCAACCUGCUGAAUACACUCCUGCUCAUCUUAAGCAAGCAUCCUCAGAGGCUGUUGCUGCUGAAGUUGUUCCUGGAGGAGAUGCCAGCUCCUACCAGCCCGCUGAAUAUACUCCAGAGCACUUGAAAUCAGCUGAAAUUGUUCCUGGCGGAGAUUCUAGCUCCUACCAGCCCGCUGAAAAUACUCCUGCUUAUCUCAGGCAAGUAUUGACUGCUCCUCUUGCUUCUGAAGUGGUUCCUGGAGGCGAUUCGAGCUCCUACCAACCUGCUGAAUACACUCCCGCUCACCUCAAGACUUCUGUUCCGGCACCCAUUGGAGCUGAUACGUAUGCCCCAGCUCCAGCUGCCAUUGGAGCUGAUACCUACACUCCUGAGAAGUUUAUUCCUCAGGCUGAUCAGGAUGCCCACUACAAGUAUGUUCAGGAGCAGCAGCAAGAGCAGGAAGCCGUGGUUCCCGGCGGAGAUUCGAGUUCUUACCAGCCCGCUGAAUACACUCCUACGCAUUUGAAGACUUCUGUUCCGGCUGCUAUUGGAGCUGAUACCUAUGCCCCAGCUCCAGCUGCCAUUGGUGCUGAUACCUACACCCCUGAGAAGUUCAUUCCUCAGGCUGAUCAGGAGGCCCACUACAAAUAUGUUCAGGGUCAGCAGACUGCCUCAAAUGGAGGAGCUUCUGGAUCCUAUUCCGUCUCUUCCUCGGCCUCUUCUUCCGUUUCUGUCGGAGGAUCUGGCUCCUACCAGAGCACUUAUGUUCACAGCCAGAUCGGAAACGCUGCCCCCGAAUACCAAACUGGCAACCUGAUCGCCGCCUAUGUGAAGGGAGAGGCUCCCGCGGGAACCAACACCAUCACAACCGCUCAUCAGUACGAGGAGCCCACUUCCAAUGGCAUCGAGGAGUUCAAUCCCGAGACCCACGUGCCAAUCGCCAUCGGUGGAGACACCAUCACCCCUGCUCACCUCACAAAGGAGGCACAAGAGACCCAGUACGCCUCCAAUGGCGGUUAUGUUUACUAAAAUAAAUCUUUAA